CAUUUCAGACUUGAUAGUAAUGUAGCGCUGUGGAUUUAUCUAAAAGAGCAGUUGAAGUGGAGUGUAGAGUGGCUUUCUCCUUUUCUCAUUUUGUUUUCAUAUGCCGUAAAGAAAAGCGCAUUUCUCGUUGAAAGCUUGACCAAUGGCUUUGGCUGUCAUAGGAACGCUUUUACUGAUGCUCUUCAACAGCUACGGCUCUUUUGGGUCCCGUCUACGUUUUGAGGACGUUCCUCCCAGGAUAGUGGAGAAUCCCUCUGAUCUGAUCGUGUCAAAGGGUGAGCCGGCCACCCUGAACUGCAAGGCAGAAGGUCGCCCCAUUCCCAUGGUGGAGUGGUACAAAGAUGGUGACCAUGUUGAGACCGAUAAAGACGACCCUCGCUCCCACCGCAUGCUGCUACCCAGCGGCUCUCUUUUUUUCCUGCGCAUUGUGCAUGGACGCCGCAGCAAGCCCGAUGAGGGUGUUUACACUUGUGUGGCCCGCAAUUACCUAGGAGAGGCUGUUAGCCGAAACGCCUCACUGGAAGUAGCCGUUCUCCGGGAUGAUUUCCGCCAGCCUCCCAAUGAUGUGGUGGUGGCAGCCGGAGAGCCCGCUGUGCUGGAGUGUGUCCCUCCCCGGGGUCACCCUGAGCCCACUGUAUCCUGGAAGAGGAACAAUGUUCGUGUCAAUGACAAGGACGGCAGGAUCUCUAUGCGUGGUGGUAAGCUGAUGAUCUCUCACACCCGAAAAAGUGAUGCAGGCAUGUACGUGUGCGUGGGCUCCAAUAUGGUGGGCGAGAGAGACAGCGAUCCAGCUGAACUGGUGGUGUUUGAGAGACCAGUGUUCAUCCGUAGGCCUGUGAAUCAGAUUGUGGUGGCUGAGGAGACUGUUGACUUUAUGUGUGAGGUGCAUGGUGAUCCAGCUCCAACUGUCCGCUGGAAGAGAGAUGAGGGAGAACUUCCAAGGGGAAGAUUUGAGAUCCGCAGUGACAACAGCCUCCAUCUGAUCAGAGUCCGAGUGGAGGAUGAGGGCACUUACACCUGUGUCACAGAAAACAGCGUGGGCAAAACGGAGGCCUCUGCUGUGCUACAGGUUCACGUGCCCCCACAGAUUGAUAUCCAUCCGCUGGACCAAGUCGCUGCCCAAGGACACAGGGUAACCUUUCAAUGUGGCACCCAGGGAAACCCCCCUCCAGCAGUUUUCUGGCAGAAGGAAGGCAGUCAGAUGCUGCUUUUCCCUGGCCAACCUCCUUCCCUGUUGGGCCGCUAUUCAGUGUCCAUGAGCGGAGAGCUGUCCAUUUCUAAUGUUCACUAUGAGGACUCAGGCUACUAUGUCUGCCAGGCGAUCAGUGUGGCAGGAAGUGUCCACGCCAAGGCUCUGCUGCAAGUGGAAUCUGGCCUAUCAGAUCCCGUGCCUCCAAUUAUCCGACAGGGCCCUGCCAACCAGACGUUUGCUUUAGGCUCCAGUGCCCUGCUCCAGUGCCAUGUGAUAGGCAGCCCAUUCCCAAGCAUCAGGUGGGAGAAGGACGGGCAAAGCAUUUUGGCUGAUGACAACCACAUAAGCCUAAUGGAAAACGGCACUUUACACAUCAGUGCUUUGAAGGAGACAGACUCAGGGACGUAUACCUGUGUCGCAUCCAGUUCAACUAUUGAGACGAGUUGGAGUGGGACCGUGACAGUGAAAGCAUCUGGAACGUCCUCUCUCCAGAGGGUUUCUCAGUCCCUGCAGCUGCCCGGUCCUCCUCAGAAGCCAGUCGUGACAGAUGUGACAUCAAGCAGUGUUACUCUCACUUGGCAGCCUAACCCACAUGAGGGAGGAGCCGCUGUCACUUCCUACAUUAUUGAGACUUUCAGUCAGUCAGUGGGCAGCUCAUGGCACACCGUGGCCGACCUUGUGAAGCAGGAGACGCACAGUGUGUCCGGGCUUUAUCCAAAUACUGUGUACCUGUUCAUCAUCCGAGCAGUCAACUCCUAUGGUCUGAGUGACCCCAGCCCCAUCUCGGAGCCUGUCCGAACACAAGGUGGCCCAGAGGGUCAGGUAAAGGAACAGGGCCAAUUGCAGAUGGAUUUAGAAGGGGUCAAGGUGUAUCUGCAGACACCGGAAAUAUUGAGCCCUACUAGUGUUCAGAUCACAUGGACUCUUGAUCGGCACCCACAGUAUAUACAAGGUUACAGGCUAUAUUACAGGCCUGUGGGUAGCGCUUGGAUUGUCCAGGACAUAAAAGCAGGUCACCUACACACUGCUGUCCUUACAGAGCUUCAGAGAGGUACAGAAUAUGAGCUCAAAAUGAGACCAUAUUACAGCGAGUUCCAUGGCAUGGAGAGUGAAAUCACAGUGGUUCGCACUCCAGUUGAAGUGCUGAGCGGUCCUCCUCAGGGAGUCAGUGUGGUGCAGGUAAGAAAUAGUUCAAGCGUGCAAGUGUCCUGGCAGCCUCCUUCCUUAGAACUGGACGAGCUCAUACUAGAGUACAGGGUGUGGUGUUUGGGAAACGAGUCUCAGCAGGUGGUGAACAGGAGCGUGGAUGGGGAUGUGCUGGGGGUGCUGCUUGAUGGGCUAUUGCCUGAGUCAACUUAUUGGGUGCAGGUUGCAGCAGUGACGGCUGCUGGGGUGGGCGUUCAUAGCCUGCCUGUGUUCAUCUUCCUGAUACCAAUAGAUCACUCCUCCUUGUCAGUGUUGAAGGAUGACAGUGUUAGCCUAUCAGAGCAGAUAUCAGGGGUGGUCCGUCAGCCAGCCUUCAUCGCUGGGAUUGGUGUUUCCUUCUGGAUGGUUCUAAUGGGCUUCAGUACCUGGAUCUACUGCAGACACAGGAGGAGGAAAGAACUUGGCCAUUAUACUACCUCUUUUGCGUACACACCAGCAGUUGCGCUCUCUCAUGGUGAUGGAUCUGAUCUUAUCAAUGGAAGGCCAUGUUUGCUUGAGUCACACUUGGGUAACUACCCUUGGCUGGCUGAUUCCUGGCCCACCAGCAACUUUUCUCAUAGUGGAAAAGACUCUGUCAACUGCUGUGCAGGCAGACUUGACUCUACAGCUCAAUACUACAACACUUCAGGAUUAAGUAAUUAUCUGAACCACAAAGUGAAGUACAGCCCAACCUCUAAUGAGGGCGAUAUAUACUGCACCAUCAACCCAUCGGAGGCAGACAGGCAUGACCUGUGCAGUCUGUACUCUCAGGGCCCAGACCCAUACACCAGCAUGCCAGUCCUCUCCAGCCUGGACCAGGACAUGGACCAGUGGAGCCUUCAGUCCAGCCAAAGUGGAGCAGAAUAUGCAAAACUUCAGUACCCAAGAGGAGGAAAUGCCAAACUAAAAGAGCAGAAGUCUCUGGGGCAAGCCUCCUCACCUACAUGGUCCAAUGUGCUGUCCUUACCUCCAUCAAAAAACAUGGACCUUCAAAAAAAAGAGAAAAGACAGAGCACUGAGAAGGAUGAAGAGUGGCUGCCUGAGCGGACGUAUCUGAUCGAGGGUCUGGAAGAUGCAGCCACACUGCCGUUAAGAAGAGAGGAAACCAACAGAGCAACUACUUACAGCCUGCAGUCCACCGCAACUCUUACACCCUCCCCCAGCGAAGAGCAAUACCCCACUAACCCACACCUGCAGCAUCCAGACCUGCUGCCACGGAAGAUACAGUGUGCACACAAUGCACAGUUCUCUCUCUCUGACCCGCAGCCGUUAACGAAGACAGAGUCUCAUAAUGGCACUGUUCCCCACUACAGCAGCCCUUGGAGAGACAUUGCUGAAAUGGAGUGCCUAUUCUCCAACAAUAAAGGCAAAAGAGAGUUCAUGUCAUUCCAAUCAUCAAUUCAAAAGCCCAGACCUAAAAAGAAAUCACCGAAAGAUGGCCUUACUAGACGAGAAGUGACGAACCUGCCUCCUCCCCCUGAAUCCCCUCCUGUCACAGAAGACCCUCUGAAGCACCUGACAGGAAUCUUGGAAAACAAUGGCAGCUGUACGCCCACACAGCGCAGUGAGAGGAGAUCAGACCGCGGAACAGCAGCACAGUGGAGCACAGAAGAUGAAGACUUAAUCCAGUACUUCAAAGCAAACCUGCUGUCUAGCGGUCAGAUGUCCACUCACUGUUCUCUCUCGGGAAGCUCCGUCUCUCAACCCUCCACAGUUUCCCAUUCCCUGGGGGCCGGACGAAGGAGAAAUGAGAAUAUGGUAUGAAGAGAAGAAGUUGUCCUUGGCCUCCUGUUGUCCAUCACCACUCAACAUGCAACAUAAGCCAUGCCGUGUACAGUACAUGCCUCCCUGCUGCUUGUCCUUCAGCCCUCUUCAAGUGUUUUUGUGUACUAUAGUUGUUUAUUAGAAAACUCAUUGUUGCCCUACCUCUAUAUGUACAUAUUACAUAAGCAUAUUUGCAAUGAUUUUCCAGGCAUGCUGGAAAGUGUGCUGUUUUAUUAUUUGUUAUUAUUUAUUGUAUUAUUAGUUUAUAAAGAAAAUGAAAAGAAAAAAAAUAUUUUUAGAUGAACAUGAUAUUUGAAUGUAUCUGGUGCAUACAUAUAUGCCUCAAUGUCUACAACAUGUAAUAGAGAGGUGGGUUUGUUUGUUUUUUGGACAAAAUAUAGCCAAAUUUAUAAAGCACAAACUAUGUGAACAAAGCAUUAAAACAUUACUAGGCCUAUAGACUACCAGAUGUUUCCCGUUGUGAAUGUAACCUGUACUCACUGACGGGUCUGUAUUUUAUUUGAGUUGAUCUCACCAUGUCAGGCUGUUCUCCACAAAUGCAUUAAUCAUAUGCGGUUUUACCCAGUAACAUGCUUUGAUUCCAUACAAAACACAAUAAAACUCAUGUUCUAAGACA